AUGCUAACAAGUUGCUGUCUGGAAUGUAAGGAGAAAAUAGUGUCGCUUGUUAAAUUGGCUAUCGAAAAAGUACAGCUGCUUGUUCAAAAAAUACCCAGUAACCUUACCAGUGAGUCUAAGACUAUUGAAUACAUCCACAUCAAAGAAACUGUUAAUUACAUAACAACGUCGCCAACCUCAACAAAAUAACGCCAACGCGAGCACCAGAAUCAUAGUACGUCUAGGGCACCAUCAACAAGAAACAAUAGGAACAGGAACAAAAUGGCUGAUGUAAACAGGAGUGGUUCUGCAGAAUGCGUCACAUUGGGAAACGGCUUACGACAACCGCUUGUGGGCAUGGGCACGUGGCAAGCAAAAGUUAUGGCUGCACAGAAGUUUGUGUUUGUUCUUCGAGUAUUGUGCAGAAGAUCACAUCAUAGCGUAAAUUCCUAAUUCUACUCCCACCUCUCGUUCUUGGCGCGCCCUCCCCACGUACAGAAUAAGCCAAAAUCUUGUCCUCUACUAGUGGUUGUUCAUGUCUUCCGGCGAAACGCGUGCUGCUGUGAUUGCCGCGAUAAGAGACGCAGGGUACAGAUUCAUCGAUACUGCCAACGACUAUGGGAAUGAACAUGAGGUGGGGUCCGCGAUCCGGUAUUGUCUAGACGAAGGCAUUGUGAAACGAGAGGACCUCUUCAUUCAGUCGAAACUGUGGAAUGCCAAUAUGCGUCCGGAUCUUGUAAAGCUCGAUUUGCUUGCAACUUUACGCGAUUUACAAGUGGACUACGUCGACAGUUACAUAAUUAAGGCUACUAGUACUACUGAAGAUUCUUCAGUGCCACGCAUCAUCCGUGGGCUUUUUUCUACUGGAAAAACUACGAACCAAGUCUGCACUCCCACUCAGGGAUGCAAACGCCGUAGCUCUAACGUAAUCCACUGGCCUCAGUGCUCACCCGCAGACCCGAAGGCAACGAAGUCUGCGCUCGCGUGGAACAUAGAUGACGUCCAGGAUGUCGAGAAAGAGCUGGAUAAAGUCCUUGACAAUUCGAGGCCACACUCCAACAACGUCCAGUGCGACAAAAAAUAUGGAUCCAUGUUUCCGAUGGAGGAAGAUGGUACAACUAUGCUUUGGCUGAUGCUGGCAUCCUCAGGCGAAUCAUGUUGACAAGCGCGAACGUGCCUUAUUCUUACGAUUUAAAUGUGUUACGAUUACGCCGACCACCACCACCACAACAUCACUACAGAGACCAAGAUGCAUUUGAUUUGGUAAUCCACUACACACAUUGAUACCAGGAGUGACGACACUGAUUCAAAAACAAAUUCUUCAUCGAGCCUCGUGUUCCGUGAGCAAAUGAAUGCACACGAAUCUUCAUGAAGACAGCAUAUCCAGGCACCUAUUCUUGUGACACGAGUGUGCACUACACGCAUACGUGGGGAGCGAUGGAGCAGCUGGUGGACGACGGUCUCUGUCGUAGUAUUGGGAUAUCGAAUUUCAACUUAGGCCAAGUGAUGGAUCUACUCGCAAACGGAUGCACGAAGCACAAGCCGUCAGUUUUGCAAAACGAAGUUCACCUCUACCUGCAAUCGAAAGACAUGCUAGAUUUCUGCCAAGCACAGGGGAUCCAGUUGCAGGCGUAUGAUUAGGAUAUCUUGUCUACAUAUUUGAAUUUGAAAUUGAUUUAUGAUGAUACAAGAUAGUUUUCUAACUCUUAGGGAGGCCGCUUAGUUUCUUGAAUUCUAAGGCCAGUGAGAUUGUUGCUGCUCACCAUCUUGUUCCUCUACACGAUAUUGAUCGUUCUCGACGUAGUCGGCGGUGUAACCUGCAAGGAUGAUGUAGAGGCCUUGGGUGUAAUAUGGCAACAGGCAACAUCUGAAUCUGCAUCAUGGAAAGUAUGGGUAAAUACAGCACAAAUAGCGCUUUCACGGUGAUAGUUUAUGGGUUGAAGCAUUUUUUUUAUACAAGCCUUUUUCACUACUUCAUGUUCGUGUUGACCUUGACACUGAGAAUGAAAUGAAUUGUUUCGACCUUUAGUCGGCCGCUCUUUCGCACACUACAGGUACAGUCCUCUCGGCAGCGUUUUCGGUGGGAUCGAUACGCCAACGGGCGAUCGAGAUAUCUCCACGAAUAUGUUUAGGCCAAAGUACUCCAUUCGUGAGCAUCCGGAGGUCGCAGCGAUCGGUGCUAAGUAUGACAAAUCAGCGGCACAGGUAGCACUCCGAUACCAGGUUCAACGUGGAAUCGCAGUGGUAGCAAAGAGCACAAAUCCCGAUCGGCUCAAGCAGAAUAUCGAAAUCUUCGAUUUUAUACUUUUUAUGGUAGAGGUCAAUGGAUUCGGAUUGGAUCGGGAUAUAUCACGCCCAACUAGUUGUGUUUAUAAUGUGUGAUGCGGUACUCUCUGUGUGUUGACCACAGGGAUCAGCUCCUACUUCGAUUUGUCGUGGUGAUUGUGCGCAGACCUAUGAGAAAUCUUAAUUUUAUUUCGUCAUCCAGCACAACGAACCACAACCUCCAUAUGAAAGAACAAGGACCCUCGUCCCUUUCCUCAGCUUUCCGUUUCCACCUUCAUCACUCCUCCUGAAGACAUGGCCACAUUGUCGAAAAUGAAUUGCGGUUGGCGGGGUCUCUUGUGGCAGCAGACGGCAAACCAUCCUGAUUACCCCUUCCGAGAGUGGAUCGCUGGUCCGAUAGCAGCAGCAAAGGUUCCAAGCGACUGGAUCGCAAAGACAGAUCCAAGAUUGCAGGGUGCUUGAGGAGGGAGGGCUUCGAAGACACAUCUCCCACGUAAGUAGUCGCAAAAAGAGCAAAGAGACAAUGAACAGAUGACGUGGAAGGGUCGACAACAAACGUGGAUGAGAGUGAAACAAGUAUGAUGCUGUUUUGUUGUAAGCACAGUAGUUUCAUCUUUUUGGUGGACGUGGAGUGAGAUAAAUUCCCUUGAGAUUGACAGCGGGUUCUUGCGUCUUGCAUGCAACAAACGAAAACGCAUUUUCACCUGGAGGUAAGAAAGGUAAAGGGCUUGAAAAAUAGACACACGCUUUUCACCAUCGCCGUGUAACUCAUCGAUCAAAUCGAGUGGUCUAAACACAAACUUCAUGGUACGAGCCACGACAACAUUAAAGCAGAGUGCACGCAAAGCAAACAGAGAAAAUGAAG